UGAUUACUUUCAGAAUUUCCGCUCGCCCAGCAGAUCCGAUGGACAACACCAUCGGCAACAACAGCACCGCCGUCGCCGGCACCGCAAUCAUCAACCUCACAUCACCGUCUUGGUCAUCGCCGUCAUCAUCAUCAUCAUCACCAUCAUCAUUAUUAUCAUUCUUUGCAUAUCCGGGCGUUCCGCUGUACCUCAACUCUCCGUUCCGUAGCCCCGAGUCCCUCCGCCCCUUCGCCUUCACCGUCAUCCUCGUCCUCUACUGCCUCAUCGUCAUGGGCAACACGCUCCUCUGCCUGCUCAUCCUCCGCGACCCUCGCCUCCACAGGCCCAUGUACAUCCUCCUCGCCAACCUGUCCCUCAACGGCCUCGUCGGCAGCUCGGCGACGCUGCCUCGUGCCAUGCGUGACCUGGUGGCGCCCGGCGCCAUCACGGCGGCCGAGUGCCUCGCCCAGGUCUACUUCGUGCACGUCUACAUGAGCCUCGAGUACUACAUCCUCGCCUCCAUGUCCAUCGACCGCUACCUCGCCGUGUGUCGCCCGCUGCGCUACGGCGCCCUCGUCGGCAACGCCCGCGCCCUCCGGGCCUGCGCGGCCGUGCACGCGGCGGCGGCCGCGUGCGUCUCCGCCGUCCUGUGCCUCGUGCUGCGGCUCGACCUGUGCCGCGGCCGCGUCGUCGACGACCUCUCGUGCAGCCACAUGGCCCUGGCCAAGCUGGCGUGCAACGACACGGCCGUCAACGACUCCGCGGGCAUCGCGGUCACCGCGCUCACGAUGGGCGUCGGCAUGGCCCUCGUCGCCGCCUCGUACGCGCGCAUCCUCUUCGAGUGCCGCAAGGCGGCGAGGCGCGGCCGCAAGGCGGCGGGCACGUGCGCGGCCCACCUGGGCAGCCUGGGGGUCUUCGCGCUCUGCGGCCUCGCCAUCGUCGCGAUGCCCCGGGUCGAGCGCUACGCGCGGGUGUCGCCGCAGGUGCGCGGAGUCGUCAACAUGGCCGUCUACGUGCUGCCCCCGCUGCUCAACCCGGUCAUCUACGGCCUGCGCACCGCCGAGAUCAGGGCGUGGCUCGCCGCCAGGGUGAGCCUCCGCCGCAGGAGGAGGAGGGGGAGGGAGGUCGCGCCGGCAGCGUGA